ACUUCCGCCCUCGCCGACGGGGGCCUCAGCUCCGGGAAGGCGGCGAGGCUGCUCUCCUGAGCCGAGGCCCUCGGUGCUGCUCGCGGCCCGGGCCGCCCUCCCCAGGCUGGAGAGAGGCGGCCGGGAAGUGGGAGCGCGGGCGGCCGAAGGCUGGGCCCGCCCCCGGCUGCCGAGUGUCUGACGCCCAAAGGUGCCCCGGACGGGGCGGGGCUGACGGCCGCGCCCCCAUGCCUGGGGCCUCAAACACCUUGGUAAAGGUGUCCUUCCGACCGGUCAGUGUAAGCAGCUGGCAUGCGGGAGCUGGGUGGGGUGCACCUGCAGUUUGCCGUUUCACCCCGCAGGGUGGUCGGGUGGACGGCGCUGCUUUAAAUCGGAAGUAGGUUGUUUUUUGGUUUGGAUUUUGGUUUUUAAACCUGGAAUCCCUACUGACCUCGGGGUCUUUCUGUCACCGCCUUCAGAGUUUCAGAGCUCACAGGUACGCACCGCCGUACCUCGCUUCCAUCAUUUUGUUCCCAUGUAUGUCUGUGUGGGACGUUUGGGUUUCUCUCUAACAUUCAUUGCAGGUUACUUUGAAAACGUACGCUUUUGUCGGGCUCAGCCAUUCUGAACGGGCUCUGCCCUCAAGGAUUCCCUCCGAGCAGUGACUUUCACUUGGUAACGUGGGAGCAAAUUGGAGGAAGCUGACCAAAGUUUUUCUAUGGGGGAGGGAGCAAGUACUGAGGGAAAUCACAAGGAGCCAUUCUUUUACCCAUUCCUACGACUGCCUUUUCCUGACCCACCCAUCGUCUUGAAGUCGUGAGAUUCUAGGAAGUUGUGGUUGAGUCAGACAUAACUUCUUUUGUUUUGUCCUUUUUGCCCUCCUCGAGACAGGCCCAGUCUGGCCUUGAACUCCAGUUGAAGCAAUAUUCCUGCUUCAGCUGCGUGAAAAGCUGGGACUGCAAGUGUUCACGGCUUGCCUUAAUGGGGCAGGCCUGAGAGUUCUGUAGUUAGGAGUAACUUAUGAUGCUCUGGAGUCAUCUUCAGCUAAUGACCUACCCAGUGAAGCUGGAAAUCAAAGCUUCUGUUAGUACCCCUCAACUAGCAAGCUUUUUAAAUUUGUCUCCUGAUUAUCUUUGCAUAUUUGCCCUUCUUCAUUUUCUUGGUAUAGAGACCCCAUCCCCUUUCAUGGAUCUACCUUCCCCUGGGCCAUGUUUCAAACUGCUCCUGGAAGGAUUGUCGAAAACGCAGUACCUCGGGAAGAGAAGGUGCUGAGCAUCAGGUUUGUGGUUGGUUAAUUAAAGGUUUUAUUGAGACAGGAUCUCUGCAGCCCCAUCUGGCCUCAGACCUACAGUGAUCCGCAUGCCUCAGCAGGAUUAUAACAGUGAACCACCGUUCUUCGUAUUCUCCCUGUGUAGGCUCUCUGUGAUUCCCUGCUUACCUGGCUAGAGAACUCAGCUCUGAACAGUGCAGAUAACAGUUUUCAUGUAAGUCUUUUCUGUACCUCUUCCUUUGUUUAUAGCACUUCAUCUCAUUCCUUUCAAGAAGACUAAUUUAUCCCUUUUUAUCUUCAGAACUUAGUAGGGUUCUUGUAUGUGCUGGGCAGUGUAAACAUGUUCCUUGGACAAAUAGGUAUAGCUUAUAUUCCUGAUGAGAGUUUGUUACCAGACUAGCUACCCAGGGCCAGUUCAUGCACGUGGAUGGGCAGUACCAGGGGUAGCUCCUGACUGUGCUGUACUCUGUGCCCUCUUUAACCAUACUAGUUCUACAAUCCAGUUGUAAAACUGGAUUCCAGUAUAACUUGGAACUGUGCUGCCAGCAGGGUUACCUAUGGUGUAAUUUUGGAAGAUGUUCAGGUUUUGUCUCAAACAAACAAACAAACAAAAAAAAACACACAAAAGGUUGUGGUGGUUUGAAUGAAAUGCUGCACAGUGUCUCAGGCACUCAAGUUUUUGGUUCCUAAUUAGUGGCAGUAUUUGGGGAGGUUUAGGUGUGCUCUUGUUGGAGAGUGGCACUAAUGGGUCUGGGGGCAGGGUUUGAGAGUCUGCUCAGCUUCUUGCUUGCGGUUCAAGACAUGACCCUCUGGAAACUGUACGUGCAAAUAAACUUUUUUGUAACUUGCCUUGGUCUCUUGUUUUAUCACAGCAAUAGAAAAUCAAUACAAAGGUGAAAGUCAUCCAAGGUCAUCCUCUGACCUCCACAUGUAUGUGAACCCUCACAUGCAUGUGCAGAUACAUAACACACAUGAAGAAUAAACUUACCUUUACCUGGAGGGAAAAGCCUUUGCCUCCUGAGUGCUGGGAUUCUAGGGACGCACCAGUCAUGCCCAAGUUUGCUCCACAAGAUCUUUUUUGUUUGUUUUUUGAGGCAGGGUUUCUGUGUGUGUAGCCUUGGCUGUCCUAGACUCACUUUGUAGACCAGGCUGGCCUCAAGCUCACAGAGAUCCACCUGCCUCUGCCUCCCCAAGUGCUGGGAUUACAGGCAUGUGGCUCCUUGCCCAGCUGCUCAACAAAAAUCUUAAAAGAGCUGUGAACAUACCUUCCUGCCUGUGCUGGCUUGUUUUAGGUAAACUUGACACAAGCUAGAGUCGUUUGGAGAAAGGAGCCUAGUUGAGAAGAUGCUCCCACCAGCUGGGCCUGUGGACAAACCUGUGUGCAUUUUUUUGCUUGAUGAUUGAUGUGGGAGGGCCCACUCACUGUGGGCCGUGCAGGUGCUAGGCUGAUGGUCUUGGGUGCUAUAAGAAAGCAAGCUGAACAAGCCACAGGUAUCAGGCUGGUAGGCAGCAUUCUUUCAUGGCCCCUGCAGCAGGGGAAAACUUCUAGUUUUCUCUCUUGAGUUUCUGCCCUGAGUUACGAACUACACGCUGUAAAAUAAAAUAAACCCUUUCCUUUCCAACUUCCUUAUUGCUGUGGUAUUUUAUCACAGCAAUAGAAACCCUAAGACACUGCCCUUCUCUUUUUGUCAUUCCCCUAAACUGGUUCUUCCUUUCAAAUGAGACUUGCAGCCCAUCUCCCAGUCUCUCCUUUGUUUCUAGCUUCCUUCUCCAUAUAAUGGAGAAGCCACAUUCCAUCAUUUCAGCCACAUUCUUAGCUGAGGUCUUUGUUUUGUUCUGAGGCAGGUUCUCAAAGUGGUCAGUAUGUAUAGACCAGAAUAGCCUUGAAUUCACUGAGAUCAUCUGCCUAUGCCUCCUAAGUGCUGGGGUUAAAGGUCUGUGAGUGUGUAUGUAUGCAUAUGUAUACACGAGUGUACACAAAGGUCAACCAUGCUGUCUCACUGGAACUAGGAGCUCUCUGAUGUGGCUAGGCUGUUUGGCCAGGGGUUUCCUUGCUUGUGCUCUGCUAGCCUGGCAGUCCUAAGUAUGCAGUACCCUCCAGCUUCUUACAUGGGUGCUAGGAAUUUAACUCAGAGCUUGAUGCUUAUGCAAGUACUUUAUUGAUGAGGGUUUCUCCAGCCCCAUCUUCUCAAACAUCUGUCAUCACUGAGUGCUCUGUGCAGCCUAUAGGGCAGGUGAUGUAAGGUGAACUGGUUACAGCCAGUUGUGGUUGUGCAUGUAAUCCCAGUGCUUGGGAGGCUGAAGCACUAGAGGGAUGAGUUUGAGGCCAGCCAAGACUAAAGGAGACCUUCAAAACCAAGAGAUGCUGAGUUCUGAAGGGAAAGUAGGGAUUUGCCGGAAGGAAAAGAAAAUGGAGAAGUAUUUCUCUUUGGCUGAAACAUGUGGCUGCUAAGUUGGCCAAAACUGGACCUGGUGGUACAGGCCUGUAAUGCUCACUGCUAUGAAGGCCCAGAUAGUCAGUCCCCUUAUUGCAGGCUUGGUGCCUGCCUGCUCAACUUAAUGAAACUGUCAAAAGAAAAAGAAGUUGGAAUAUACCAACUUUAGUAGUAGGACUUUUAUUUGCUUGGCAUGUGAGAGGCUGUAGAUUCAACCCCUGGCACUUAAGGGUACUGGGGAGGCUGAGGUCAGCAUGGGACACAGAGGGAUACUCUUUCUGGAAAAAAAAAAAAAAAGAAAAUAAGACCAAACAGAAAGCACAUAGCUGUAACAGCAUUUGAAAAAGGAUUUCAUUUUGAGGCAAACCUAGGAUAUUUAUUGAAACCCCAGAUCCCAUAUUAAAAGAACAAAACAAAAGGCAAAAUUGGAGAGACAAAGUUUAUCAUAGGGCUGAAUUAAAGAUCGUAACUUGAUUCUGAGAGUCAGUAGACAAUAAAUGUUUUGGAUUUAUAUACGUAUCUGUGUGUCUGCUUGAGUUUAUUAUUCUGUUUUUUUUGAGACAGGGUUUCUGUGUGUAACAGCCCUGGCUGUCUUGGAACUCUCUUUGUAAACCAGACUGGCAUUGGACUCACAGAAAUUCUCCAGCCUCUUCCCAAGUCCUUCCCAAAGGCGUGUGCCACCACAUCCGGCUGCCUGUUUGAGUGUAAGAGCACCACAUUUGUACAAGAGUCCGUAGAGGCCAGAAGAGGGUGCUGGAUCCCCUGGAACUGAGUGGCCUGUGAGCCACCCUGUAGGUGCUGGGAACUAAACCCUGCUUCAGGGCAGUCAGCAGUCUUAAUCACUGAGCCACGUAUCUAGCCUCAACUGUCUUAGGUGGAAAUAAAAAUCAGAUUUGUGGGAUUAGGAAGAGGGCUCGAUGAGUAAGACGGGCUCCUCUGUCAGCAUGAAAAUCUGAGUUCAAAACCCCAGUGGCUAAGCACGACUGCAUAUGCUGGUAACCCCAGAACUGUUGGUAGAGAUAAGUGGAUCCCGAGAGCUCACUGGCCAGCCACACUAGCCAAAUGGUGAGCUUCCAGUUAAUAAGUGGAUUGUCUCAAGGCCCUAAGGAAGUGUGACAAGACACCCAGUGUCCUGCUCUAGCCUCUGCAUGCAUGGACACAAAUGUCCACACACAAAUGCUUCAACUGGAGGGGAGCAGAGGCUUUCCGGAGACCAGUUAGUUGAUAGAGAGUUGUGCUACACGAGGACAGCAGUGGGCACAGAGCUGUUGAGUAUGUGCGGUGUAUGGGCGAUUGUGUGUACAAGAACGUGCACCUGGGUUCCUAUGGAAGCCAGAGGAGAACAUCACUCUUUACACUGUCAUAUGUCACUCUUUACACUGUUUUUUUGAAGCAGGGUCUUACUGAAGCUGGAGUUUGCAUUUCUGCAGUAGUCCAGAAUUUGGCAAACCCCAGAGAUCCUCUCGUGUCCACCUUACUCAGUGCUGGGACUCAACUCCAGCCUUUGUGUUUGUACAGCAAGAGCUCUUAGCUGCUGAGUGAUCUCUCUACACCCUUCAAGUUCAUUAUGAAUGAAAAAAUCAGGUUAAAGAGACAGGAUUUGAUGAUACAGUGGAUGUAGGCACCGGGGCAGGUUAUACUGGUGUGAUAUUUGAUGUCUAUAUUCAGGACAACAUGGGAGUCUAAAAGCAGGAAAUAGUUCUGUUUUGGAUAUGAAUUUGAGGUGCAGAGAAAAAUGUGUAGGCUUAGAUUUUUCAAAUACCUAUUUUAAGUUCUUAAAUGCCUUUACCUUCCUUCCAACGAACUUCCCCCACCACGUGAAGUAGAUUAGUAGGGAAAGGGGAUGUAGACCUGCUUUAUCUACUUCCUUCUGAGAGGGGUUCUUUGAGGAUUACCUAACUCAGUCAGAAUACCAGUGGUCUAGUCAGACAGCAAAGCAGCAGCCGCAACACAAGUCAGCAGAAGCAGAACGAUCCAAGCUGGACCCUGCCCAAAUGGCUCAAGUCCAAAAAAAGUGGCAAAACUCCGCCAAAGCACCAUAAGCAAUUCUCUGGAGUGUGAAGGAUCCAAACCAUUGCAAAGCAUAGCAAUGCAAAAACAUUGUCUCAUCAUCUGUGGGCUUCUAUUUAUCCCUUCUCAGAGUCCACACAAGGAUAUUUUCUAGCUCACAGAAGCCAUGCCCCUCAGAUGAGGUAAUUUUCAGCUGACAACAAGUGCCUUUUCACAGGGGCUGUUUCCAAGAGGGGAAACAUCCUCACAUACCACACUUGGGACCAAAACAAAAACAAAAAAAUGUAUUUACAUGACACAACAGUUUCCAAAGAAACCAGAAACUUCCACUUCAGACAUGUUCCUAUAAUAUUCAGUGAACAAAUAAGCAGGAUCUUGAACUCCUGUAAGUAUGUGAAGUGGAAGUGACAAGAGCCAUCAGAAUAAAUGUGAUAAUGGAAGCCUUGAGAGUGUGAGAUCAUAAGGGAGGAUGUGAAGGUCUGAGAAAAUCACACUUGACACAGAAUUUUGAGUAUGUGACCAAGGGAUAAAUAGAUGGUGGGCCUGGGGGAAAGUGGGUUGAUGGUAGCGUGCUGGCCUAGCAUACAAAGGGCCCUAGGUUUAAUUUGCAGUCAAAACAAAACAAAAAUAAAAGCUGGAAAGUGAUGAUGUUCCAGUGGAAGAAUGACUAAAAGGAUGGGAAGAAAACAACACUAUUCCAGAUCUGUAAAGCAAGAAUGCAGGUCAAGGUUGACUUCGUAGAAUAUGCUUCCAUGCCUUGCAGUCCUGUAUGCAAUCUUACAUGUUUCUCAUGCUGGACUGCAAAAUCCAGCACAGGCACUCGGUUUGCCUUGUUCACUAGUAUAUUCUGCAUAGUACGUAGCACACGGUAGAUACUCAGUAAAGUGAAGGGACCGCAGGGGAGGCGCACGAGGCUGAGGUGCCUUUUGUAGUGAAUAUGUCCCACACUGCACUUGUUUCAACCUUUGUGGCCAAUGGUGAAUAAAGGCGUAUGGAACCUGGGACCUUGGAAGUUCUGUAACUAAGACAUGGAAGUAACAACAGCCAGCCAAGACAAAAAGAAUGUUCCUUUCUUUCCCCUUCCAAGUUCUUAGUAAAGGGCUGGGCCCAGCAUCCCAGACUUUUGUGACUAGGUAAGCAUUAGGAAACUUUGCUUUGGUACCCUCCCAUCAGUGGUUCAAGGUGGCUUUUCGGUAGACAGAGGCUUCUAAGUAUCAAAGCUUCCCCCUGCACAAGCCCAGCACCAUGGGGAAGGGAGACACCACCUCGGAAACAGCAUCGGCUAAUGCCUAUCGCUCUGUCAUGGAGGAGUAUGGUUAUGAGGUGGGCAAGGUCAUUGGCCAUGGCUCCUAUGGAACUGUAUAUGAGGCUUACUACACAAAGCAGAAGGUCAUGGUGGCUGUCAAGAUCAUCUCAAAGAAGAAGGCCUCUGAUGACUAUCUUAACAAGUUCCUACCGCGUGAGAUACAGGUAAUGAAAGUCUUACGGCACAAGUACCUCAUCAACUUCUAUCAGGCCAUUGAGACCACAUCCCGAGUAUACAUCAUUUUGGAGCUGGCUCAGGGCGGUGAUGUCCUCGAAUGGAUCCAACGCUAUGGGGCCUGCUCUGAGCCCAUUGCUGGCAAAUGGUUCUCCCAGAUGGCCUUAGGCAUCGCCUACCUGCACAGCAAGGGCAUCGUGCACCGCCUGACCCCCAGCCUUUCUGCUGCUGGUAGGGACUUAAAGUUGGAGAACCUGUUGCUGGACAAGCGGGAGAAUGUGAAGAUAUCGGACUUUGGCUUCGCCAAGAUGGUGUCUUCUAAUCAGACUGUGCGUAGUAGCCCUUCUUACCGCCAAAUGAACUACCCUUCAAACCUCAGCCAGACCUACUGUGGCAGCUUUGCUUAUGCCUGCCCGGAGAUCUUGCUAGGCUUGCCCUACAACCCUUUCCUGUCUGACACGUGGAGCAUGGGCGUCAUCCUCUACACUCUAGUGGUUGCAAAGCUGCCCUUUGAUGACACCAAUCUCAAGAAGUUGCUGAAAGAGACCCAGAAGGAGGUCACUUUCCCAGCUAACCUCACCGUCUCCCAGGAGUGCAAGAACCUGAUCUUCCAGAUGCUACGCCAAGCUACCAAGCGUGCCACCAUCCUGGAUGUCCUCAAGGACCCCUGGAUGCUCAAGUUCCAGCCCGAGCAACCCUUGCAAGAAAUCAAGCUGCUCGAGGCCAUGUGCCAGCCCGCCAGCACUGCUAAUCAUCACCAAUCCCUGGAAAUCACAACCUGAAAGUGGCUGAAGCAGGAAGUUAAGGAGAAAUGCAGUAGGG